AAAAAAUCAAGUUAAGACUUCAUGGAUCUGUAUUAUACUGAUCACUAUGUAAAGAUGAAAUUAAUUUCAUCAACAUUUUUGGUCUCUUCCUAGUUAAGUUUUAGUCUAGUGUAAAUUUCUUUUCAAAUUUGUUUUGACUUGAAAUAAAUUAAUUGCUACAAAAACAUGUUGGAAGCCCUCCUCUUAUCGUUGAUACAGAAGCUGGACAUUAAUUAUGGAGAGGACGAAAUAAAUGAGGAAAAGGAAAAGGUAAUUAAAGAGAUGAGAGAGAUUUUGGAUAUUGUGAGGGAUAAGAAAUUGGAAGAGGGGAGAAGCCUAAAUUUUUUGGCAUGUGAUCUCGUCGACGUAGUUGACGAUGCCCUUGACCUAUUCAGAAUAGGCGAAAUCUAUCGAUCCAUCCAUAGCUGGAUCAGAGAGAUCAAGAAACGGAUGCUUAAACUGGGAGAUGAUGAAUCCCACAUGAGAUCAUCACAAAAUGUUGAUGAUGAUGCAGAUGUGGUGGGCUUCGAGGAAGAUGUGAAAAUGCUGCUUCGCAAAAGGAUUAUUGGUGGGCUUGAAACUCGGAGGAUUGUUCUUGUCAAAGGGAUGUCUGGUAUUGGAAAGACGACUCUUGCAAGAGAGAUAUACAACCAUCCAACCGUCGUUGAGCGAUUCAAGCGUCGUCUUUGGGUAUCUAAUGUUACUCACUUCACUAUUAAAGAGCUACUUAUCAAACUAAUACAACAGGUAGAAGAUCCUCAUCCAUCUUCGUCAUUGGAGAAUAUGGACAACCAAAGUCUGAGAGAUAUGCUUCGCCAACACUUGCUAGGAACGCGAUAUUUGAUAGUUCUUGACGACGUGCCCAAACCAAUGUACUUGCACUCUUUCUUGAGAGCUCUUCCACGAGAAUACGAUGGAAGUAGAUUGCUGCUCACAAGUCACACUAGGAAUAUGAACAUAGAUAAUAUAGAUGUUCAUCAUAUGAAACCUUUGGAUUCUAAGAAGAGCUGGCAAUUGUUUUUGAAAACAAUAAACCAUGGCAAUAAAUUGACGGGUGAGCACAAAUUCCCAAUGAAGUUGGAGCAUAUGGGAAAACAAAUGUUGAGAAAAUGUGGCGGUCUGCCAUUAGCUAUAAAAGAGGUGGGAAAGCAGUUAGCAGAAAAGAAAGUCUCUGGGGAGAGUGAAUGGGAACAGCUUCUUGAAUCAGUUGAUUUUGGUUCAACAUUGAAGUUAUUGGAACCAUUUUAUCAUAAAUUGGAUCCCGAAUUGGAGUCAUGUUUCCUGUAUAUGUCCUUCUUUAAGGAAAACACAACUUUGAGGGCAAAAAAGUUGGCACAUAUUUGGAUUGCAGGAGGAGUAGUGGAUUCAACACAUCGAUUUAAGUCAUAUUUAAAUGAUUUAGUUAAUGACUCUUUUAUUGAAGUCAUGGACAAGAGCACGGAGUAUCGCAUGAAUGUUGUGCUACACAUGCUAUCCAUCCAAAAAGCAGAGGAGAAACUAGGUUUUGAGAUCCUAAGGAGCAAUGGAAAUAAUCGUCCCUCUGAGAGUCCUCGUCAUCAUCGUGUUAUCAUUUGUAGCAGAGACAAGUUCAACUACUCCACGGAUCAAGAUAAGCUUCUUGUUUCUCUCUUCUUCCAUGGAGGCGGCUACUUGGACACUAGUCCAUCUUAUUGGAAGAGCUUUGAGCUACUUAAGAUACUUGACUUGGAAGAUUUUGGGUUGAAGAUUUUACCGGAAACUAUUGGCACAUUGAUGGAAUUAAGGUACUUGGGGUUGAGAAAUAAUUACAUAAAAGAGCUCCCAGACUCGUUUGGGUGCUUGGAAAACCUUGAGGUUCUUGACAUAGCUCAAAACUUUUUGGUGGAAGUGCCAGAUAUUAUAUGGGAAAUGCGUAGCCUUCACCAUCUCUACUUGUCAGAUGUGAUUUGCCGAAAGCCUUCGAAGAUAGAUGCACUUCAGCUUCUGGUGACCUUAACCUACGUCUCGGUUGAUAAUUGGACAUAUGAGCUCUCGGACUUAAAAAUGUUGACUCGUCUUCGCAAAUUGGGCAUAGAAGAAUUGGAUGGAAGCUCAGAUGUAAGCAAGCUCUUUGUGUCAUUGGCUUUAUUGGAGAAUCUUGAACACCUAAUCUUAAGAGGGUAUCGUUUCAGAAGCAUGCCUUGUUUGGAUGAGAUUGGUGUUCUACACAAUCUCCAAACACUCAAAUUGGAUGGACUCCUUGCUAGGUUACCAAAUAAUGUCCCUCCAAAUAUUAAAUCAUUGACGUUGGUUAAUAGUUGUCUUGAUGAAGACCCCAUGCCACUACUAGAGAAGCUACCCGAGCUAAAAUACCUGAAAUUGCGGAAUGCAUACACUGGUCAACAAAUGGUGAUCUUGCCCGAGGGCUUCCCUAGUCUUGAGGUCCUGUGCAUCGAAGAGUUGUGGAAUCUGAGAAAUGUACAAUACGAAUUAGGUGCAAUGUGUUUUCUCGAGAAAUUAGAAAUUCAUGAUUGUCCAUGUCUGGAUACCCUCUCGGACGUGGUUGAGAGGAUGUUCUGGGUGAAGGAGAUAAAGAUGGUGACAACCAAAAGCAUUGCAACAAAGGCCAGGAAUUCGGACUCAAUCUAUGAUUUAACGAACCGUGAAUAUCAAUUCAUGAGCUAGCGGAGUUGUCUGCAUUAUUGUUACGCACGUUUUGUUUGUUGAUCGCCGUUAAUUUGGAUAGUUUCUAGCUAGAUGUUCUUACUUGGUGGUUAUGUGUUUGUAAAUGAUGUUUAGUUGCGACAAUUGUGGUUUCUUCAUUUCUUGUUUUUACUCUAGUUUUUCUUUUUCCCUAGA